AGGAAUUUUAAAGAUUUUGCCUGAGGAAUAAAAACAGGCAGGGAAAAACGGAGAUUUGGGACUAAAUUAAAUUCUUUUUUAAUCUGCAGUUUUUGCAUAACAGCAAUAAGUAAAAGUGAAACUAAACUGCAGAUUUAGCAGAAGCCAUUACUAAGCUCAGAACAGACAGAAUGGCGUCUGGAUAUUCUCUCCUGGAAGAGGAGCUCUCAUGUCCUGUGUGCUCUGAAAUCUUCUGGGAUCCUGUUGUCCUGAGUUGCAGUCACAGCUUCUGUAAGGCCUGUCUGCAGCAAUACUGGGAACAGAAGGGAUCUCGGGAGUGCCCAGUGUGCAGGAGAAGAUCUUCAAGGGAACUACCUCUUAACCUGUCUCUGAGGAAUACCUGUGAGGCGUUCUUAAAGGAGAGAAGUCAGAGAGCUAAAGCAGGAUCUGAAGUGCUCUGCAGUCUGCACAGUGAGAAACUCAAACUCUUCUGUUUGGUGGAUCAAAUACCCGUCUGUGUGAUCUGCCAAACUUCAAAAAAACAUGCAAACCAUGAACUGCUACCAGUUCAGGAGGCAGCAGAAGACUAUAAGGAGAAACUCAGGACUGCACUGGCUCCACUGCAGAAGAAGCUAAAAGCCUUUAAUGCAGUGAAACUAAUCUGUGAUAAAACUGCAGAGCACAUCAAGAGCCAGGCCCAGCACACAGAAGACAGAUAAAGAUGGAGUUUGAGAAACUUCAGCAGUUCCUAAAAGAUGAAGAGACAGCCAGAGUCACUGCACUGAGGGAGGA